UAUGUGCUUGAGAAAAGAUUCACUAAAUAAUUUUAACUGCAUGGUAAGAUGAACUCAUGCGAGUCAAGUAAAUACUUUUAUGGCCUGGUGAACUACUGGCAAAGAUAUCGAAAAUACUUGAAUGUUCUCUUGUCUGCAAUCGUUCUUUUGAAGAAGAAUCCAUGCUUGCUACUAAGCUCAGGCAUAUACAUGGUUAGCAAGUUAUUCAAUACAUAUACAUAUAACUUCAUGUUAGUCAUUCAUAAUUACUCAUGAUUUAUAGCUCUAGUGUAAGAGUAAUCACUAACAAUAACGAUUGAAUUAGCAUAUAUUCAAAGUGUGAAGGAUUCAAAAAUCCAUUACGUCCAGUCUUUUUUACAAGCCAAUAUAACGAGAGGUAAGCCCACUGCGUUCAAUCAUUGAAAAAAGUUCUUGUUUCUAUGGGUUCGUUUUUCUUGGUAUGCUUUGUGCGACGGUUCGUUCAACUGAAGCGGAUAAAAUUUUGCGCGCAUUUUAUGACGCUACAUUUCACCUUAAAUAACGAAACCGCUGUGGAAUGGCUUUAUCUGAAGCAUAUGAGCAUCGAUACCAUGGUUGAAAUCAACGACUUAGGUUUAGGAUUACCUGCCCAUCCACCUUGUUCAUCUGAUUUGGCUUCCUCGAACUAUUAUCCGUUCCUAAACCUCAAAACAUCUCUGAGAAAUCAAUGAGAGUUUGGUUUUGGAAUUUUAGACCACUACUUCGGAAACCUGAACCCGAAUUUAGAAGAUGUUUUCCGUUUUCCACGAACCGAAAUAAGGGAGCUAUUUCGGACCACCUCUCAAAAUCUAUUGCUUCAUCACAAGCCUUUUGGAUUGUUGUUCUCUAUAAAUGGACAUUUAAAUGGUCUUAGACAUGUGUAGCGGAAAUUGCAUGACAGUAACCGUAAAUAAAUGUAAUACAAUAACCUGAUCUCGGACACAGUCAUCAAUCAUAUUCAAAUAGUGAAUAAUGACACUUUCAGUUGGAAAAGUUCUGCCUGUUAAAAAAUGAACAUCAUUCUCGAUCACGAGCUCUGUCUGUCUCUGCUCUAGUUUCUAUGGUAAUAAACAGCCUCAAGAAACAUUACAUUGCACUAGUACGUAAUGUUUCUACACUUGAUUUAGAAUAUUCGAAAUUUUGUAUUUCUGGAACCAGAAGCCGGAAUCAGAUUUGAUCCAUUCUAUCAUUUGUGAAAAUCUGCCUAGUUAUAUCAGGUAAAUCUACGUGCGUUCUUUUUAAUAAUUUUUUACCGGUACCUCCGGAGCUGCAAACCGAUAAUGUCAAAUUUGUAUAAAAACCAACUAACAAAACGUUGAUAUUGAAACUGUUUUGAACCAUGUGGAGAAAAAUUUUCUGUUUUUGUUACAUCGUUACUUCUAAUAACGAUUUGAAAUUUUCAAAACUCAUUAUCCUCCUAUACUGCCGGACCUAGAAGUUGGAUCUUGAUUAAAUUAGUUGUCAUACGGGAUAAUAACACCUUCCGUUUGAAUACAAGUUAGUGAAAUAAGCCAAACAAUAUCUGAGACAGCGGUGUGAGUUACAUUCCGACGUUUUUAACCGCUUUUCCGGAACUGGUAAAGUCAACUGACCUCUCCUGAAACGAAAUUCUGGGUGCGGGCCUGUCUCUCCGUAUAGUAGUGCGUUCAUUCCAAUGUCUGCAAUGUAUGCUUGGGGAAAAUAAAAUAUACUUCGAAAGUAACGCAACUCUGAAUCAUUUUGAUCAUAAAAUCAUGAAUAAUUGAAAAAUUUCAUGGUAACCUAAUCGAGACAACGGUAACAGAUUUCUUCCCGUAUAGGGUGGUGAUGGUGACUACCAAAUAGUUAAGACGUUCAAACCACAAACGAAUUUCCAGACAUAACAGUCACGAUCUGUUUUUGGCGCACAUUCACGGUCCUCCAUGAAACUAGCAACUAUGAUGAUAAACUGGUUACACUGCUGAGUUCCCAUCAUCAUAUUUAUAAUGAAAUUGUCAAACCGUGAGAGCCCUUUCGAUUCGUUUUCGUUAGCUCAUUUGUAUAUAUUGAGAUUUUAUGUUACACUUAAUAUUCUGCUUGUUUUGAAGUAAUCGGCAUGAUCUCUCGUGUAUUUAAAUAAAUCGCGAGAGGACAGAUUACAGCAGAUAUUCAUUAUAGCAAUUAAUUGGAAGUUACAAUGUACAUUUCGUGUAUGGUACCUACGAUUACUUUCUAGUGCAAUAAAGAACCUCGGAAAGCUCGAAAUUCCAAGUGCUAACAGAGUAGAUUUCCGACGUUCCGUUAUGUACUACGAAAAGUCAGAGUGUGAAAGAAUCAAAAUCUGUGGUUAACGAAUAUAUGGAAGAAAUGAGCGAACAUUGUUUCGAAAGAUUUAUUGAAAAAUUCAUCCUCUCUUGACAAAUAUUUUGACUCUUUAUUCUUAACAGCUUGCAUCGAACAAGCUGCUUUGUCAAGGUAUCAAGUACCAAAAGAAGAACGAAAUGAUACUUAUUGUAGAACUUUAUUCCUCUCUGUAUGCUUCGGAAAUUUAAAUAACGAUACGACUGUAGAUUUUCUCCGACAAUUUUCAAUAAAACACAGUUUUCCCAUUUUAACCAACAACUCGUUAAACAGAACCGAAAUGAGGGACAAUGUUUACAUUUGAUUUUGUUCUACUCAUGGCACACUUUAUUUGAAAUGAUAACAAUGCAAUUAAUCUCGCGCUCCACCAAGCGGUGAGUGCGGUCAUUUUAGAAAGUACCGGGAACGAACCAGAUUUUUUUAAAUUUUUGUAGGCACAUACAUGUCUUUAUUAUUUAUCUUUGGUUCAACUUCGCUCUGAAUGGUGUCAUUUCCAAAAUACCAUUUCCUAGGCAAUUCUUGUUUAUCAAUCAGCAGAAUACACGAUAAUAUCGGUGUGCAAUCUACGAAGACCGUCAUCACAACGCAACGUAAUGCAAAUCAAAUAAACUAGAAGGCAUUAUUUCUUACCGUAAUUUUUCGGUUACAAUCCUAAUUCGACGAAUAAAAACAAAAAAAUGCCCCUCAAAUAUAAUCCGCUAAACUUGUAACUCUAAGCAUCAUUAAUGUUGUUCAUCAAAUCAAAAACCAUAUUCGGAACGCGUUUUUUUCUAUUCUUUAUAGCGUUAAUUGCGGCAUAAUGAAGCCGUUUCUGCUGUUGAUUUAUUGUGUGAUAUAAAUUUCUCUAAACCACAUAAAUUGUCACCCACUUUAUCAUACUCGAGUAUCGUUAAAAUAUUUUCAUAAUUACACCCAUGCAGCCUUAGCAGGAAAAAGGGGAUCCCAAAUGAGCAGCCAGCAUCAGAUUUUUUACUCACACUUGUUCGAGCAAGAAAAAACAUGAAAAAUAUUUUAAUUAAUAUGAUUUUUCGUCGCAUUGAAGGAACUGGACCUGUAUUCUUCAUUUUUGGUUACGAUUUCCAAGAAUGCUAAACGGAUCAACGCUCCUGUAUACGCUGCUGGGAUUGUAGAAACGCACUAAAACGAGGUAAACGCGUGUUUCAUUCCAUCAGUGGAAAACCGGGAAAGAAACGGGUGCAUCCUAGUGCCAUAAUUACUGAGUAGAACAUGUGUUGGGUGAAGCAUUGGAACAUUUUGAUUCAGCGCGCUUCGGAGGAUGAGAAUUAUGAAAGCAUUUUUAAGCAUGUACUUAUAUCAUCCAGCAUUUUUGAAGGCGCCUGUAAUUACAAGAUAAAAUGUGAAUUAUGUUGUGUUCAUUCCAUUAGCGACCAGAUAAUCGGCCUUAUUGGUUUGCUGUGGUGAAUGACUCCACAUUUAAGAAUCGUAUAUAUCAUAUAUCAUAUUACAGAUUUUGUGUGCCCACCAGAUGAAAACUUCUUUAAGACACACUUCGUAGAAGCCGCUCUUUUCAAUAAAUUACAAGCUUCGCCGUCACAUAGGCAUGAACGGUUGGUUAGGAUCCAAAACUAAAACCACCGUCGCUUAUUAAAACCUAACCGCCAAGUUAUAAAAGAGCGUCAAAUUAACAAAAUAUUGUCACAUUAUGUGCACACGCGUGAAAAAAGGAUUUAAACUAUCCGCUCAAUGAGCCACGCCGGGACGCUGAGAUCAUCUCAUCAACGAGCAGCAGCGGUGCGGUACGCUUAAUUGCUGCCCGACGCCAACUAAAUAAUUUGAGAAGGAUUUAUCGUUCCCGUUGCCAGUUGAGCAAAACUUACAUUUUCUCAGCAGACAACCAGAUGUGUGCGCAUCAGUGGGACAAAAUGAUGCGAUUGAUCAGGAGAAACGUGCCUGCGAGAAACCGUUCGAGAAAAGAACUGUGAAAAUUUAACAUAUUACUAUAAGGACAGGAUACGACACGGACAGUCGUAAGUCGUUUGGGGCACGUAGCCACGCCCACAAAUCCGCAUUAAUUAGUCGUGGUUUACAAUGUAAUGAUACAAAUUAUAUCGAAAGAUAGUCUACGGAAAACCAAGAGGAUUUGGAAAUUAUGUGAACAAAACGAUCGUCGAAUGACUUGUGUUUUAUUUACAAACUUUUCGUCAUGGCAUCAGUAUAUCUUGCCUUUUUAACAAUCGAACAAUUCAUUCAUCGUCUAUUUAGAACAAAAGUACAUCCUAAUAUCUACCAUUAUAACAAAAGCAUAACCAUACCUAAUUCAAACGUAGUCUCUCAUACAUCUAUGACUUUAGCGAAAUACUGUGUGGAAAAAGUGAUUUUUAUACCCAUCAAUUAUUAGUUUGUCUAAAACUGAUCAAAUUAUCAAUCAAACUACAUAACGGUCAUGAUGCACCAAUUGAUUUAACCGUCCCGUCCCAACCUUGGGGAGCGCUUCAGUAAAAUUUACUGAUCUUCUAGAUCAAUAGAAAAUGUAGAUCUAAACGAAUAUUUUUAUUAUUUUUUUUUGUUAAAGAAAUGUUUGUCAAUUUUCUAGAUGAUUCUGGGUGAGGAGGCAAUGAGCCACGGAUGUCGCCGGUGACCACCGUAGACGAAAGUCACAACACACUUCAAGAGGAGACCCGCCUGUCGCAGCAGAAAGUACAUAAGUAACCGAAAUACACAACAAAUCUAAAAUUCAACCACCUCGAGAGCACUGAAAAGAUUGAAUAUCGACCCCGAAAAAUCAAGAAAACCAGCAAAUUACGUGUACGAAAGAGCAAGGAACGAUUAAGGAUAUUUUCACCCGGAGUCCGAAUAUUUCAACACAUGAUGUUGCCAAAAAGGCCGAGUUACGUCAAGAAAACAAGGCAAGAGUUUAACUACGUGUAUACAAGGCUCCGAACUUGCCGAAACGGGACAAAAAAAUAUUCCCGUGCUAUGAAACUCUACAUAGAGAUGUUAAGAUGCAAAUGCUAUGUGAUUUUUUUCAUGAAAACAUUUAUUUCAAAUGGCAAUAUGCACUCUCAGGAACAUCCAUGUUAUCAAAGAAAUCAUAUUCUUAAGAUAUCCAGCUCUCACAUUUCACGAUCAAUCGCAAGCAACAUAAUUUUUUACAAGAAUGGCGCCCUCAGAUGAGUCCGCAUCUAAUCUCGUACAUAAAAGUAGAGAAGAGAAACGACAUAAAAGCAGCACUGCGCACCCAUAUCCAUAUGACAUGAUAUAUUCAAAGUUACACCGUGCGAUCACGUUGCUGAACUGAAUACUGAUUUCUCUCUAAGCUGACAGAGUCUGAUAUUAUAUAGGAAGGUUCAGGGGUUCACUAGGAAAUUGAAACACUAAAAUCUCAAUUUACGCGAAUUUAAUGCCUUUUUUACUCGUUUUAUUUGAAAUAACGCGAUUUUUACUCAAUUUUGAAUAAUAAAAGAAAUCUCAAUCUUUAUACACAUACAAAACAAAUAUGGAUAUCGUGAAAUGUACAUUGAUGAAUUGUUUAGUUUCAAAAAAUCUAAAUAAGAUCAUGGGCAUCCAGAAAUUAUCUGGAAAGCCAAUAUUGUAUAUAAUCACUUUUAUAUGACUAUUGAGCGCGUUAGUACUAUUCACAGAAAAUUGACAUACUGUGAUAAGAUCUGUAGAAGAACUUGCACAAUCAAAACCUCCUCGGAAAAGGCCUUAAGGUCUACCAACGUAACCGAUAAUCCAUCCAAAAACUACCUAAAGUUCAGGUCUCAAGAUCUACCAGUGUAACAAAGUGCAUAACCGAACUCAUCAUUCUCGGUCCAUAUUCGUGAAGUCACAUGCGAUCAAUAGGACAAUUGAGAUUGCUCUAGGCCAUCUAAAAACUACCUGGAGUUAUAGCUCUACGACUAUGACCAGCAUUGAAAAAUUAUACAUAAGCUGCUGAAUAUUCGUGUAGAUCUUAAGACCUGUUCUCACUGAAGUUCUUGGACGACUAGGAAUGUUCCGAAAAAAGAUCAAAACACACAAGUGAACAGUAUGUAGUAUCUAGGAUCAGCCGUGUGGAAUCCAACUAAACCUAUAAUAGGUCCACUGGGUUCCUACUUUCAUGCGACAAUUCCUGGAAUUUCUCUUUUCUACUUUACCAAAUUAUCUCUUCAUUCAACAAACAGUUUCUUCAAACAUAUUUUCUUCAAUUUUGUCUAGAUACUAGGUACUACUUUAAACUAGCUAAAUUUAUAUUUUAUUCUCAACAGUCAGCUUUCCAGAUCAACCAACAUAACAGUUUAACCAUUUUUCGUGUUAAAUAGCAAUAAUAUAAUGGAAAUGAUAAACAAUCAAUACGCACGUGAAGUCUGUUAGUCUUCGCUCAAUGACUUCAAAAAUGAUUUAAUAUAAUCUAUGGAAUAACUAAUACACGUACUUUAGCUGAUAAACAUAGUUUUCGGAUGAAGAUUUCAAUACGUCACUAUAAUGAAUCAACCGUUUUGCAUAAAUGAGUAUUGUAAUUCACUCUAAGAGUAUAGAAGUCAAUCCCAUUUAGAAAAGUUUUCCCUAUUUUCGUUUUAGUCCACAUUAAGUAAAAGACUACUUAGCAUGAAUACAUUACAUAGAAAUUAAGGUUUAUAGUGAUUUUCUUGUUAUAAUACUGAACUUUGAUUCCAUGAUGAUUUGAUUUUCUAUAUGGGAAUAUUUGUUCAAGCUAAGAAUUGCAGUAAGCAGAUUGACAACAGCUAGUAUUCUUCACCGUCUUAUUGAGAAUUGCAGUGUGUUGGUAUGCCAAUACAGUGCACGUUUUCGCGUAAAACUUAUAAUGAUCUUGUGCUUCAAUGCGAACAGAUUAUCAUUAGAAACGUCUCAAACUCUUCCAAAAAUUCAGACUUAAUUAAAAUCACAUGCGCCAUUCCCAAGCGCGCGGGUUUGAAAAAUGAGGUCCUAAUUACAGUCACAUAAAUGCCUAUACGUCCGAAGCGUAUAGUCUCAUUACCGCUCACAGCAGAAAGUCGCGGUCUCCAAGUGACACCGAACGUCGUCCGCAUCACACCCUUAGCUAUCGUGUGCGCAAUUCUCAACGUCAAAUUUUAACAUCUCAAUAUUCAAAAUAAAUAUCGCGCCUAUAAAGCAAACAUAUGGGAUACUAACGAUGAAAUGAAGCGAUGAUAAUUGCUUGAAAUAAGAUCAAACGGGCACGAGAAGAAAAUUGGAGGAGCUUGACAAACUAAUUUAGAAUAUAUUCAAUGAUGCAUUCCUCGUGCAGACAUAAAAAACUUAUCUUGAGCAUCAGGAAAUAUUCAAAAGCAACUUUCAUCACUACAUUUUAUUUUUAACUUGGUAAAACAAAGAAAAGUUUUUUUUUGAAAAAAAAAAUGAAAGAACACUUUCGAAAAUCAAAACGUUGCAAAAUACAAUACUUAUCUUAACAACGUAUCUAAAAAUAUCCCCAAACCAUCAGCCACCAUUUAGCAGUAAGUGAUGAUGAUCAACAGAGAAAAUUAGUGCGACAGCACCCCGAACCGAUCCGGAGCCGGCAUACAAACACUUACCGUAGGGGUAACCCCGCACUAGGCAAGAAGAUCAUCAUUCCUUCGGCAGUAAUUAGCAUGAUUUAUCGCCUUGCUCUGGGUAAAUGAUGUGAACGAUUUCCAACGGACACGCCUACCGACGGUGACACUAGCCAAUAGGGCGUUCCCAUCGAGCCGCUCGGUCAACAUACGCGGAUAAGUGAUAAAAAUGAGCGUGCGAAGAGAGCAGGGAAGAUGACAAGAAUGGGAAACUGCAGCAGAAGAUCGUAUUCAACUGCGGGAAAACUGGUCUCUUCGCGGCUUCGUUAAUGGAAUAGGAGGCGCGCGAACGAUUUUCCUAGAUUUAGAUAAAUUUUGUGCGUCGACGAAUUAACACGUGUAACGUACUGAGAUCGUGCGCGAGUCAAGUGGAAUAAAGAUCGAUUGAGUUGCGACUUUUCAAUAUGGAUACGGUGAAAAAUAGCAGUUCGACUAACAUUAAAGUGAAAAAUAACUUCAGUAUUGAGCGCUUACUGGCCAAACCGGAAAGCCACGAAUCUCUUAUUCAGAAUACUAGUACCAACAUAGUGAGCAAUGAAGACGAUUCAACGGAAAUACACGGUGUACGAUCGAACGGUGAAAUUUUCCGGGAAAAUACUACAUCGCCGGAUUCCAGCUGUAACGAAGAGCCGAUGGAUAAUUGCAGUGAAGCAGCGUCGGAGGAAAGUGCUUCAGGAGCAAACGACGAUCGGAAGAAACGGCCAAGAACUGCAUUUUCCGCCGCCCAAAUAAAAGCACUGGAAACGGAGUUCGAGCGAGGGAAAUAUCUUUCGGUGGCGAAACGAACUGCCUUGGCGAAAUCAUUGCAUCUCACGGAAACACAAAUCAAAAUCUGGUUUCAAAACCGACGGACAAAAUGGAAACGAAAGUACACAGCGGACGUGGAACAACUCGCUUCGCAUUACUACUCCCAACUUGGGAUAGGGAAUUUCGCUCGACCGAUGGUAGUCGGUGAUCGGCUGUGGCUUUUCAGUCAAAGUCCCAGUGGUCCAACUCCAGUGCAAUCACUUCUGCUUAACUCACCUUCACCGCCUCUAAACGCUGGUCAUCCAGCAAUGCGACAAUUUCAGCCCAUUCCUCCGAACCAACCGCCGACAUUUGCGGGUCGCCUCAGCAAUGGUUACACUGUGAACUACCUCCCGAAAUCAAAUAUGCCUACUCAACCGUCUGGUUUUCUAAGUCGCCUACCGGCCUCAUUUAAGCCGAUUCCUAUGGAAGAAGGUAUCAAUUUUUAUAAGGGUCCACCGGAAAUGAUGGAUAGUUAUUAUGGGCCACUAAAGUUCGGUCCAACGGACCUAGUAAAUGAAGAUCAUUCACCAGUCAGUAGUGGCUCUGGUAUAGCAGAUUUGGAACGAGCUUUCGGCAAUCCUAGUGAACUACUGGGUUGCCAUACGACAAAGGUACCAGCUUUAAUGGUUCACUGUGACCCCAAAGAAGAUAACAGAAUGACAGAUGGGGGCACGGAUUCAUCGAGUGAUAUAGACUGUGAGGAAGUUGACGUGAAAGAAUGAGCAUUCUGUUUAGAUAAUCUUGUGUAAGGCGUAUUUUACUGCAAUAUUAUAUUGCAUGCAAUUAUUAUCAUUUUGA